AUGCUGUGCGAUGAUAUAGCAUCGCAGUUCGAGUACGCGGAUAUUCAUAUCCAAAGACCCUCCAAAGUCCAAAACAAAAAACAAGAUCGGCCUAUAAACGAGGUGAUUCAAAUACAGUCCAUCACAUCGUCAGCGAUCAGGGCUGGAGCCAGCCACCCGUCUCAAUUUUGGUCCUUGUUCAUGAGGUCGUCCUCUAUGAUGAUACCGUCGAGUACUACCCAAGGAACUGCCGUAGAGACUGGAAUCAUUCCAUUCUCACCGGUACCGACCUUUGAAGCUAAUAUCAUUCCAUAUGCUACCACACCGUUCACCCAGCGACUCUUUCGAGCAUGUGCAGAAAGUGGACUUCGUCUCCUUUCUAAUACGACAUUCACGGAUGAAGAUAUCAGUCGAUGCUUUGGUUUACUUCUACAAAAAAUGCCUCGGGCAAAUAUCCGGGAGUAUUUCACACGAGUUGUCAGUUUGGAACCGUGUAACCCGAUUAUCGAUACGCGAUUCCCGUUCAUCAGCCUGGGUGGAGCAGGAACUCACUUUCUCUCGCCUUCGAGUAGUAUCUCGGAGGUUCUGUCUGUGCUACAAAGAACAAAUGGCAUCUGUUCAAUUACUUCCGAUGAGCAGUGGUUCGACGUGCAUGAUGUUGAGAGAUAUCUAUCCAACCAAGGUAUCACCGUGGGCGAAUUCCCAUCUCCACCAUUAUUAGGUUUGCAUGGUGGACAUGAGGUCUCUUCGGGCUUGGAGGCUACACAAAGAACAUUGCCUAGUGACACUAUGACUAUGGUGAUCAGCGAGUAUCGAUUAGUUCAGAAACUGAGCCAGCUCCCUGUGGACUUAGGGUGCGCGGCUGGUUUCCGCAGAUCAGACGUCGAGAGAGUUGUUUAUGAAAACUUGAGAUGGAUCGCCAAAGUGGACCCGUAG